AGAAUGGAGACGAGCAAUUACGUUGAAGGCAAUGUUCGUUUUAAACAAGCACGAUUUGUAUCAAAGUGUCUCUCAGAGUGUUUGACCAACGGAAUCAAGACAGUUUUUUUUUUUAUUUUGACUUGCGCUCUAGAUUGUGGGUGGGCACAUGGUCAGGAAGUUCAUCACUCAGUAUGUGUGUGUUCGUGUACAGAAGUGUAACACACGCUGAUCUUAUCGACAUGCUUUUAAAAUGGAUUACGAACUGUCUUUUAUUUUUGUCUUCAAUUUAUCUCACACAUACAGAUGCAGAGAAUGUUUUCAGGGCAGUUGAAGGAGAAACUGUCCAUCUUCCCUGUCCCUUACUCCUUAAUGGCAGUGAACAAGUUUCUGUAGACUGGACAAAAUAUAGAACAAAUAGCACAAUUAUUUGUAAAUGGAGUAUUAACAGCAUUACUGAAUCUCACGGAGAAUGCAUUCCUCGUUUCAAAUUCAACAAGACUUCUUUCACAUUAAGUGUAGUAAAUGUUCAGCUCAGUGACUCCGGUAACUAUAGCUGUAAAAUAACAAGAUUUAUUCCACCGCCGAUAUUAGACAGCACCUCAAAUAUGACGCUCCAAGUUGCAGUGCGUCCACAUCUGUCUCUGAAGAAACUGAACAGCAGUAAUGAAACCUGUGUCCAUCUGCGCUGCUCUCUGGAGAAUCUGCAGCCGGGGCAGGUGAACUUCACCUGGGACAGAGAGGGUCACGGGUCUCUCCGUUCAGUCCUGAAUAACUCCAUGAACAGUGAGCUGCUUCUGUGUAAACCUGACUGGAGCGAUGGAGACACAAUCACCUGUUACGCCAAAUACUUACAAACACAAACACUGUACAGCUGCAAUAUUACACUUGACUUCAGACAUAAAGUUGCAGGAGUCCAGCUGCUGAUCAUCUCAUGCAGUGCUGCCGCAGGCCUCAUCCUCUGCAUCAUCACCACCGUUGUCAUUUGCAAAUGCAGAAAGCGAGAUAAAAAUGGAUCUAUAGUGUUCAGCAAUAAAGUCUAUGAGAACUUCAGUUUCGCCAUGGCCCAUCAGAACACACAGCUCAAUGAUAAACCACAACCAGAAGAGUGUGUUUAUGAAAACUAACUGCUGCUGCUUGCUUCAAAGUCAGAUUCCCCCGGGGGUUAUAAUGUGUGGUUUUGCUAAGAUAUUUAAGCAAAAGCUCUCUCUGUAUUGUUUACAAUGCCUUUACUGGCUUCCAAAACUGUAAGCGGGUGCUUUAAACAUUUAAAUCUAUUUAAGUAUCUUGUUUAGUGCACUGUAGGUGCAAUAAACUGUUCUGCCUUCUAAAUGAAAUUGAAUUAAAUUAUUAUUAAUGGCAAGGAUUUCAUACCCAUUUUCUUUUUUACAAUGCCAAGGCAUUAUUAAAACUUUUAUUUGCACUUUUUGUCGUACGACUUUGGUUUUUGCUAUGGUGUUUAAUCUAAGUAUAUUGUAAUAUUUCAUUACUUGUGAAUAAAUAGCACAUUAAAAGUGUUUUGUGUCAAAGCCUCUAUGUUGUCCAACCAAACCAUGAUAAUGAUUAUCUUUGGGUUGCAAUGAAAAAUACAAAAAUUUGUUUAUUACUUAUUAAUUGGAAUAGUUGGAGUUCAGUUACCUUCUAUCAUGAGUACAUGCCUAUUGUUUAUUUAGCACUACUAAAUUUAUUACACUACGACUUUAUUUGUCAAUCUUGGAGAGUCUGCCAAAAUUAGAUGCAACUACAACCGAACAAAUGACACGGAAAGCAUGACAGCAGUUCUGCAAACGUUAAAUCACACACUGUGUUCAUAUUUCUUACUUGAGAAUACAUGGAAGAAACUACAUUGUGAAGAUCACAGCAGGUUCAUAUGGAUUCCAGAAACUAAGGAAAUAACAUUUGAGCUCUUAAAUCUUCAAAUUAAGGAUAUCGGCACAUACACCUGUACUGUGAAGAGGAUUGUAAAACCACCUCAAGUGGAUCUGGGAGUGCAAAAAAUUCAAGUUAUUGUGCGUCCCACCUUGUCUCUGUCCUGUGUGAAGAGGCCUGAUGGGUCUCCCAUGUUUCUGUGCUCUGUGCAUUUUUACCUCGAUUCUCUUGAACAGUUGUGGAUCAGAGACGGAGAAGUCCUCAACAGCUCACACACAAACAAAUCAUUCAAUGGAUCCUUUAGUCAGAAAUCGUACCUCAUACUGCCACCACGAAACAUCAAUGAUAUAAUCUACUCCUGCU